UGAUCUUCACAGAGUGUCACGCGCGCUUUCUCGCAUAAACGCCGCUAGUUCUGCAUGUAUUAUGGAGCGCAUGGCCCGCGGAGGUGUCGUUCUGCUGUUCUUGUGUGUUUGUGGUUGCGUUCCGACGGUUUUCUCUCAGUUGCACGCCGGAUCGAGAGCGGCGGCUCGCGCGCAACAGGCAGGUGCGCUGCGCGCGCGGACGCGAUGGACGAAUAAUGGGCGCGUGUAUAAUCUGCUGAGUCGCGGAUCUGAGUACGUGCCGCCGGUGAACCGAGGAGCACCUGCACCGGAUGCCGUGAUCAGAGACGGUCGGAACGCGAGCUCGGGUGAUGAGAGGAUGGUGUCCGACGACCCGUACGAUCCCUACAAAUCCGUCAGGAACAGUCCCCACAAUCCAUACUACAACUACUACGACUCGUACUACAGACCGAGACAAAGAAGCACGCAGAGGAAUAACGGCCAUGGAACCAGAUACUUCCAGAAUGGUCUGCCGGAUCUGGUGGUGGAUCCCUACAUGAUCCAGGUGUCCACAUACGUCCAGAGAGUUCCGAUGUACAACCUCAGAUGUGCUGCGGAGGAGAACUGCCUGGCGAGUUCGGCCGCAAACGCGCGAGACUACGACACCAGGGUUCUGCUGAGGUUCCCGCAGCGCGUGAAGAACCAGGGAACCGCAGACUUCCUGCCCAGCAGACCGCGAUACGCCUGGGAAUGGCACACCUGUCACAAUCACUAUCACAGCAUGAAUGAGUUCAGCCAUUACGACCUGCUGGACUCCAGCACACAGCAGAGAGUAGCGGAGGGUCAUAAAGCCAGUUUCUGUCUGGAGGACACGUCCUGCGACCCGGGAUACUACCGCCGCUACGCCUGCACGUCCCACACGCAGGGUUUGAGUCCUGGAUGUUACGACACCUACAGCGCAGACAUCGACUGUCAGUGGAUCGAUAUUACAGACGUUCAGCCUGGACGAUACGUCCUCAAGGUUACAGUAAACCCAGGCUUCCAGGUGUCAGAGUCAGACUUCAGCAAUAACAACGUUCGCUGUGACGUUCACUACACCGGCAACUACGCUCAUGUGUCCGGCUGCACCAUGACCCCACACUGAGGCAGGAUUCUCUCAAAGGUCCAGCAAACAUCAACAUCACCUGCUGUUUAUCACCGAUCAUCUGUGCAAAAUAAAGCCAAUAUCUGUAUAUCUGUGAAAAUUAUACUGCAGUAUUAUGAUCUGAACUUUCAACUGAUGCAUCUAAUACCAGCUAACAAAAAUGAGUUUUAAGAACGUUUUUCUAACGCUCUCAUUAAGUUAUGUUAUUUCUGAAUGUUCCCUGAAUGUUCAAAACGUCCAGUUAUGUGAAUGAUAAAGGAGCAUUCCAUUCUUCAAACAUUGUGGGAAUGUUACUUUUGAAUGUUCUCUGAACGUUCUGAAACAAGUAGUAACAUUUAAAAAACAUUAAACGAACAUCUGACUAAAAUGUUUCAGAA